AUGGCAACCGAAAACAACGACGGAUCGGAGCUUAACCCGAACCCUAUUGUGGCGGAGACACCGGAACUGGAGCUUUACCCGAGCUCUGUUGCGGCGGAGACACCGGAACAGGGGCCUGAAAAGAUUGAUACUUUAGACGCUGAAAUUCCUAUUGAGAAAAUUGUGGAAAAGAUUACGUUAGCAGGUGAAUUGAACGGGAGUGACGAUAAGGAUAACAAUGAUGAUCAAGUUGAUAGCGAAAGUGAGAGCGAGAGUGACAGCGAAAGUUCAGAGUCUGAGGCUUCUUCCUCAUCAUCUUCAGCAUCAUCAUCAUCAUCAUCAUCAUCUAGUUCUGAUUCCGAUAGUGAUGAAGAUGGGGAGAUAAGGGAUUCUGAUGAAGAGAAUGAAGAUGGGGAGAUAAGGGAUUCUGAUGAAGAGAAUGAAGAUGGGGAGAUAAGGGAUUCUGAUGAAGAGAAGAUGGUUAGUUGGAGUGCGGCUGAUGGUGAUUUUGAUGAUGAAGAGGAAGUUGUUGUAGGACCAAUUAGGUCAAUGAAUGAGAUUCAGAAUUUGCCUCCAGUUCCUACUGUGGACGUGACAUUGGAACCACACCAUAAAAUGCAACCUGUUGGAGUUGUUAUGUCGACUCUUGGUGCUAAAGUCGUUGUGGAAGGAGUGGACAAGCAUGAACCUCUUAAUGAGGGUUCCAUUCUCUGGCUGACUGAAAGCCGCAAACCAUUAGGUUUAGUUGAUGAAAUCUUUGGACCAGUCAAAAACCCAUAUUAUGUUGUGAGAUACAAUUCUGAAAAUGAUAUCCCUGCGGGGAUCCAAGGGGGAACAACUUUGGUCUCAUGUGUUCCAGAAUUUGCUGAUCACGUGCUUAAUAAUACGGAUCUUUAUAGGAAAGGCUAUGAUGCUUCUGGUCCAAAUGAUGAAGAGUUGUCUGAUGAAAUAGAGUUUUCAGAUGAUGAAAAAGAAGCUGAAUACAGGAAAAUGCAGAAAAUGACAAAGAGAGGGAAUAAUGAUCAAAAUCCUGGCAAGAAUCGCAAGAAAAGAAACAAUAAAAAUAAGUUUUCAUUGAAAGAUAAGGCGCUACCUACUCUCCCUAAUGCAUCUGCAGAAGCACAGCAUGUGUUACAUACCGCCCCUAAUGCACCUGUAGUAGCAUCACUGGUUAAUAAUGGAAACCGUUCUUCAUUUUUAGGCACCGGACAAGGUGGAACUACUACAGUUUCUCCAUUUCAACCUUUAAAUGCAGGUCCUAAUUUUGCUGCAAAUGCAAUGUGGCCAAAUCAGACAACAUUUCUACAGCAGUCACAGCUUUCCCUGCUUCCAAAUGCAUUUCCUACAAAUGCCAUGUCAUAUUAUCCUCAAAAUACACAAUUUUCUCAUCAGUUUCCUGUGCCAGGAGGUCCAUUUCAACAGCAACUGAAUCCCAGUCACGGACCUCAUUUCCCAACUAUGAUGCCUGGGUUGCAGCCCAAUAUAUAUCCACAACAACCCAUGCUUGCACCGGGGUUUGUGGGUCAAAACCAAAUGCCAUUUAAUAUGAGCUCCCCCUUCCAACAGAAUCAGCCACCGCCUAUCUUUCAAGCACAUCAGGGUUCGUUCCAACAGAAUCAGCCACCACCUAAUUUUCAAGCGCAGCAGGGUUUCUCACCCACUGAAUUGCAGCCAUCACCUAGUUCUGUUUCUGGCAACCCCUCUCAGUUUCAUCCAGGUUCAUCAGCUAAUCAAGGGAGACAAACAUUCCGUGCCGCCGGAAGGAAAGGGUGGUGGCCUGCUAGGUGA